AUGACAUUAGUUUCGAAUCAAGAGCAAGGAAAUACUGACGUUGCAUCAUCACCAGCAUCAAUUCUAGGAAAAGAAGUACAAAAAGAUCCAGAAGAGAAAAAAAUGUUAAGUAUUUAUGAUAUACAUACAAAAUCCAAAAAGAAUUUACUACUAGCUAUUCUUAGUUUACUUGGGGCUCUAUCUACAUUUGAUGAAGUUGUUUAUGUCCCUGCUUUACCAGCACUGAUCAGAGAUUUGAAUAUCACAAAAACAUUGGCUUUGAUAUCUGUUAGUCUAUAUUUAUUUGGAAUAAGUCUGUCAAGUCUCGUUUGGGGAAUGCUAUUAGAUUAUUAUGGACGUAAAUGGGCAACAACAUUUGGGUUUAUUGCUUUUAUACCAACUUUAGUUGGAUGUUACUUUUCACCAAAUAUUUGUGUAUUCUUUAUCUUUCGUGCACUUCAAGGAUGUUUAGUUUCUCUAAUACUAGUCGCAGGACAAGGGACAAUAGCUGAUAUAUAUCAUCCUAGCGAACGUGGAACAGCUUAUGGAAUAUUUUUUGCAUCUUAUUUUGCUGCUGUAUUUCUCGCAUCUAUAGUGGGUGGUCAAUUAGCUGAGCAUUAUGGCUGGAGAUCUACAUUUCUAUCAGUAACAAUAAUUUCAGUUGUGGUGUUCAUAAGUUAUGUAUUAGUUGUACCUGAAACUCACCAAUAUCAAGUAAUAUGUAUGUAUCAGAAUCAAAGGAACAUAACGUUACUUGAAUCAGAUCAAGUUUCACCACCAAAAUUAACGAAUCCAUGUUUACCGUUGUUGUACUUAGGCGAUUGUACAGUUAUUCCUUAUGUCUUCGUUCUAGUUUGCGGCUUUAUAACGUUGAACUGCGGAUAUAUGCUUUUUUCUCCUGAUGUAUCUAAACCACCGUAUUCCUAUCGUGAAAGCACAAUCGGUAUACUUUUGCUUCCACAUAGUAUAGCUAUUUUAUCAGGGAGUGUAAUCGGAGGUAAAUUAUCUGAUUUGGUAACAAAAAAAUCUUUUCAACUGUCAACAAUCCCCGAAGAACGUAUUGUACCAGGACUAAUCUUGUUUGUAUUAGUACCCAUCGGCUCAAUUAUUUAUGGAUGGAGUAUUCAAUCUGGCGUACAUGUUUCGGUACUCAUAUUGGGGCAAAUACUCUACGCAUUUGGUCAAGGGGCAUCUCGACCUGGUAUACUUGCAUACUAUACAAUAAAAUAUCAAGAGCAUGCAGCUAGUAUUAACUCAGCAAAUAAUUUCCUUCAACAACUAACAACAUCAAUUGUUAUCGCAUUGGCCGAAAAAAUCGUACUAGUAAUCGAUAAUGGAUGGUUUUUUACAGUUUUAGCUGUCUGUAACUUAUUGGCAACAAUUGUUGCGGCUAUUAUAAUCUAUAGAAAAGUUAGAUUAUCUGCAAAUCCUGAAAAAAAGACGCUUCUUUAA